CUAUCAACUUACCUCUUAUACGGUCUACAAUGAAGAAUGCCCGCCGAUGAUAGCAGAGAGCAGCUGCUCACACGCGCCAUCAGCACACCAUCACCAUGCUCAACGCCCUCCCCAGCCCCAUCUCCGAUACACCCCAAGCCCAACAAACACUCAAUAUGGCCCAUAGUCGUACUCCUUGUCUUAGUCCAUCUGUCCACGGUCCUGUACACACUUCCACUCAACCGGGUGGUCGAACUACGUCUGUGUCAAGAACAUUAUGAACGCCUGAACCAAUCCCUCAUUGCACCCGAUGCCACUAUUCCGGAGAAGCUUUGUAAGAUUGAUGAUGUCCAGCGAAAACUGGCCUGGCUUCAAGGAAUCAUGGAAACAACAAUGGUCGUCUGCGAUUUCCUAGUGACAAUACCGUUCAGUUUCGUUGCUGAGCGGUACGGUAUCAGUGUUGUGCUAUGGUGUAAUCUAACUCCGAGAGCUUUUAUGAGUGCUUGGGCAAUUGCUGUGGGUUAUUAUCGCCAUCUCCUUCCGACACAGGCUAUCAUUGCGGGACCAUUCAUGAAUGUGCUGGGCGGCGAAUGUGUCUUUCAAUCCACGGUAUUCACACUGACAUCCGCGUUGACGAGCGACUAUGCUCAGCGAGCAUCAUACUUCUCGUACAUCAGUUCGACCUCAUAUGUAGUCUCCUUUAUGGGGCCUACACUUGCUGCAUUCACACUAAGCAAGAACUUGUGGUUACCGUUCUGGCUCAACAUCGCGCUCUUGACAUGUGCGGUACCGACAAUUAAAAUGCUUCCCCGGACCCGGAAGGCGCCUAUCAAAACAUUGACAUCAGCCGAAACCGGUAGCGAGGAAGCAGACGAAGCUGGGCCACUACUCGGAGAAACGGAUCUCAGUCACCAUCGAUAUUCUAAUGCAUUUGAAACACAUCCGGACAGGUUCCAAAGUAUUCCCCAUGUAGUACGCAAGAUGGUGCAUUUGGUGACCGGUCGCCGGAACUUCCAGAUCCUUCUUUGCUCGUUUUUCCUCACGGCUCUCGCGAGCUCGGACACGAAACUUUUAGUGCAGUAUAUCUCGAAACGCUAUGAGUGGACGUUUGCAAAGGCCGGAUAUAUGCUCUCUGCUAAAGCCCUAGUCAACUUUACAUUGCUUGCCAUAGUAGUGCCACGCAUCAUCCAGGCAUCGAGGUCAUCAAAAGCGGUACACGGCUCAGAAAUCAAUCUCAAUAUUCUUGGAGCCGAGAUCAGCAUCUUGAUUUCUGUAGCUGGCGUGCUGUGCGUUGCAUUGGCCUUCAAGUUCUGGAUGCUACUUGCUGCACUCAUCGUGUAUGCGCUUGGUUCAGCCCUACCAGUAUUCACCAUGUCGCUAGUCAAGUCACCACUCAUCGCACUCGCACACUCAGACACCCAAGACUUCAGUAUCGUCAUGCUUACCAAAACACUGGGAUCUCUCGUCGGUGCUCCCUUUAUGGCCGUCUUGUGGGUAUAUGCAAUCAAGCUGGGAGGUUUUGGCCUCGGGUUACCAUACUUUGUGUCUGCUUGCAUAUAUUUGAUUGCUGUAUUUGUCGUAGCACGCAUAAAGGUCUAAUACAUCAAUUUUCCGAAUGUGCCUUCUUGAUUUAAGGUUAUCCCACUUGCUCAACCUGUGUCGUAAUCGGGGUCACAAGGAUCGACUCGCGGCUACAGUGUUUGCGUUGACUCCCGAAAGCACCCUGAACCUCGAACUCACAGUUCGACCGAAGAACGCCGAAGAGUACACUUGUGAGCGUAUUCUGGGUUAAAACAUAUUGAAGCGAAGAAGGGUUGCUCGAUCGAAGAAUUACCUGUAGUUAGCGUUCAGAGAUACGGACGUGGCCUUCUAUGAGGGAUAGGAUGUAUGUAUUUGUGACCACAUCGGUCUUUGGGCCCCGCGAGAGAGCAUAUUCGCCUCGACUUUGAUAACUACGUGUGUACAGUGUAUCGCAUAUUUCC